CAUCACUAGCUGAUACAAAAUUGCCAAUUGAAGAUAUUCUUUCCUCAAGGAACACAAUGCAAGGUGUUAUACGCGUGGUGAGAUCAUGCCAUGAAAAGCUCAAGGUUACAAUUCUACAGCACCCACAAUUCAAAACCACAAGUGAGAUGAACAAAGUAUUCGCAAGAUUUGGACGUGUUAUCUCCUUCCCCACAGUGCAGAGCAAGGAAGCCAAAGACAUAGUUGUCUCAGAAUCUUCCACAAUGCAGCAAAAGGGGUUGGAGAAUACAACAGUUGCUGAUGUACUAAUGAUAAAAGAUGAAGAAAAAGGUAACUCAUGGCUUUGUUGUCGAACAAAUGACACAGCGUAUGAUGCCAUCAAACAAAUGGCAGCAAACAAUAUCGGGUCUUUGGUCGUUCUAAAGCCAGGAGAGAAUCAACUGAUAGCUGGAAUUAUAACAGAAAGAGACUAUCUGCGGAAGGUAAUUGUACAGGAUAGAUCAUCUAAAUACACAAGAGUCGGAGAUAUUAUGACCGAGCAGAGCAAGCUGAUAACCGUCACAUCGGACACAAACAUUCUCCAAGCAAUGCAGCUCAUGAGUGAGCACCACAUACGACAUGUUCCAGUGAUCGAUGGGAAGGUAGUAGGCAUGAUUUCUGUGGCGGAUAUUGUCAAAGCAGUGGUGGAUCAACAAACUGGAGAAGUGAAGCAACUCAAUCAAUUCAUCCGAGGAGAUUACUACUGAAAACAUUAUUAGCAAAGCCACAACAAUAUU